ACAGAAUACAGCCCAAGUUUGUAUCCCGAGAGCCUUCUUUUCAAAUCGCAAUCAGUACGGAGCCUGGUCUCCCUCUUUUAAAAGCAUGAGUCGUCUGUCUCCUUCAACUCAAGAAACACAGUCCAAUCUGCAGGUGUCAUUAAACGCAAAACCAGAAGGCGAGCAGACUAAGCUUUAUCACCACGAAGAUCGAUUGGCCAAAACAUGGAAGUCAAUGACGAAUUGGAUGGUGAUUGCGUCACAGAAAGCAGAAAAUGCUGCCGUAGACCCUACCAAGCCAGUUUUAAGGGAACUGGACGAAUACGUUGUUGCCUUUCUACGAAGUAAACUCGACUGGGGAAAGCUUAUCUCAUACUUGGAGGCGAAGCUGGAAGGGAAGGCCAAAGAAAUGGAAACACUGCAACAAUAUGUCCGGACACAACCGAAAUUGGGCCGAAGCAAGCGGAAACGAGAAGAUGAGAAGCGGGAAGAAGAAACAAAGACAGCUGCUUUGGAGUCAUUUCCUUCUGCAGAUACUGCAGACAUCUAUACAAUGCCUUAGUCGCCUUGAAAACGUGGAAGACGAAAACUGAGGAUAGACCGAUAUUUUGCGUUUUGAAUUGCUCCGGAAAGCUUGUGCUGCCGGUCCAUGGAGCUCUAGUACGCUUUGAAUCCGCUGGGAAUUUGAAAGCAAAAUCGAGCUUUAAAACCUAGAUUGUGCCUGUUUUGGCUCUCACGCGAAUUCGCUUCUUUUGACAUUUUCGGAUUGGUAGCGGAGUUAAGAUCUAUGCUUUGCCCACUCCCAGGAGUAUGUUCCCUGUGCUUGCUUCCAAAUCGAAACAAAUGGGAGUGCAGCGAAUUGCUCACAGCUCUACACGAAUAGCUUCUGAGGCGUAAUUUUUGGGCGCGUUUCUGUUCCGUCCCAUUGACUCUACUUGCUACAAGUAAACAGAUUUUCGUGCAGUCACGUGAAGGCUAUAGUGAUUGUACAGCGCUCUCUCUAGGAUUGCUUGCGACAGGAUAUCCUUAAUUUAUGCUGUCUUUGUCGUCGGUCUUUUCGAAUCUGAUUUUCAUUUCAUUAACGUGUACAAGCAUCUUUUAUCCGAAUGACUCAAGCAAUAGCUCAAUGCCAUUCUCACCACUGACUGUGCCUUCUCAACUAGCCUCUAUCUAGAGAGAGAGAAAAGAGAGUCUCUUCUUGUGAAAAAUUCGCGGUUUCGAUCGUGAUUGGAUUUGACAAUCCGAUUUUUAGAUGAAUGGAUCAUGGGAACUCUCUACCAAUGUUAGGGUUCACAGUCAAUUUUCGAUUGUGAUCGAUCGAAAAACCAUGCUGAGAACCGGAAGAUGACUCACUCAUCUCAUGCACAGGCAAAUUACUACCGAGUCAAUAAAUUUCUUUCUGACUGAAUG